CCGGCUCAUCCGGAUACCGUGCCACGGCAGACGCGACGAUGCUGACGCGGGCCGUGGUGGUUGCCGUCGCAUGGCUGGCGCUGGCGGUCGAGGCCGGUUCGCGCUUCCUCUUUAAGCUCGACACGUCUGCAACGACGUCUUCGCCCGAGUGCUACUACGAGCUCCUCGAUGCCCGUGCGACGCAGAACCGCCUGCUCUUCCGCUUCGAGCUUGUGGAAGCCGGAACGCCUGAUGCUGUCGACGCCUUCAUCCAGACCCCCACCGGCCGGCUCGCCAAGCAGUGGACGUUCCGCAAGGCUGGACACGUUGCGAUUCAGGUGCGGGAGAGCGGCCUCUACCGCUUCUGCUUUGUACAUCCAGGCUCUGGCUCGUCCGAGAAGACGGUCGUGUACGCAUUCGACUUCCUCCUCGCAGGCACUCGCACCUUUACAGUGUAUCCAAGCCGGGCCGACACUCUCGGCGCCGUCGCUUCGUCGUCGCUCACUGCCGUGCGGACGCGCACGGACCACGAGUCGGUGGGCUACAUGCGUUUCUCGCUCUCCGGUGUCUCCCCCAGCAUCGUGGACCUCAAGACGCGUGUCUACCUCUCGCUCUCGGUCAAGGCCACCGACGUCUCGGAGCUUCAGCUCGCGACGAUUCCUCUCUCGGCCGUCCAACACCGACACUGGCAGUCGCACCUCGACGGAGUGGCCAGGGACCACGUUGUGGCAUGUGCAGCUGGCGGCAGCGUUGUCUUUGACAUCACCGACCUUGCGACAGAUGCUAUCAAGCACGGGCAGGCGACGUUGUCCUUGGCGGUGUUUAGCCCGUCGGUAGGCACCGCAGAGCUGCACUCCAUGUCGCAGGUCGCAGCCGACCACUGGCCGCUUGUGACCUUUGAAGACGUUGGUGCGUCGCUCUGGAUCGAGAUGCUGCAGUUUCGCCAGCGCGUCUGGGACCUCAAAGGCAAAAUCGGCUCCAUCGUGCAGCACGAACGCACGAGCCGCAACGCGGCCGAGAGUGCCCACGCCCGCUUUGUCGUCGUGGCUCUGCUCGGGAACGUCGUCCUGGUCAGCAUGGCCCUCACGCAAGUCUACUACGUGCGGCAGUGGUUAGCGUGCUAAGCAGUAAACGGACUAGUGACACAUAGACUACCCGUAUAAUGAUAGUAUGACGGACGCCUCAACAUCAGUUUUGGCGAUAUCAUCAAGCAAGUGCGCACCGUAUCC